AUGGCCUCCAAACCCUACAACAUCGAAACCGAGUUGGUGUUCUCCAAGUCCACGGACCAGCACAACGCAAGCGUGCCGCCGUUGUACCAGUCGGCCACGUUCAAGCAAGACUCCUUGCUGAACAUGGGCGAGUACGACUACACGCGGUCCGGCAACCCCACGCGCACGUUUCUCCAGAACAAAAUGGCCGCCAUCAUGAAGGCGUCGCAGACGUUUGCCGUGACGUCCGGCAUGGGCUGUCUCGACGUGAUCUUGCGGUUGCUCCGGCCGGGCGACGAGGUGAUUGCCGGCGACGACUUGUACGGCGGCACGCACCGCUUGCUCACGUACUUGAACAGCAAGGGCGACCUCAAGGUGCACCACCACGACACCACCGACACCGAGCUCAUCAAGCGCAAGCUCACGCGCAACAUCAAGAUGAUCUUCUUGGAGUCGCCCACCAACCCGUUGAUCAAGGUGUGCGACGUCAGGGCCAUCGCCGCGCACGCGCACGCGGUCAACCCGCACUGCUUGGUGGUGUUCGACAACACCAUGAUGACGCCGUUGUUGAUGACGCCCUUGGACUUGGGCGUGGACAUCCACUACGAGAGCGCCACCAAGUACUUGAACGGGCACCACGACAUCAUGGCGGGCGUGAUCGCGGCGCGCGACCCCGCGUUGGCCGAGCGCAUCUACUUCGUCAUCAACUCGACCGGCUGCGGCCUCAGUCCGUUCGACUGCUGGUUGUUGGCGCGCGGCUUGCGCACCUUGGCCGUGCGCGUGGAGCGCCAGCAGCAGAACUGCGUCAAGAUCGCCGGCUUCUUGCAGCAGGCGGGCUUCAAGGUGCGCUACCCGGGGCUCAAGUCCCAUCCGCAGCACGCGUUGCACCAGAGCCAGUGCUCCGGCGCCGGCGCCGUGCUCAGCUUCGAGACCGGUCUGGUCAAGUUGCUGGAGAAGAUCGUCGAGGCCACGGACAUCUUCGGCAUCGCCGUGUCCUUCGGCUGCGUCAACUCCUUGAUCUCCAUGCCCUGCAAGAUGUCGCAUGCCUCCAUCGAUGCCAAGACCCGCGAGGAGCGCGACAUGCCCGAGGACUUGAUCCGCUUGUGUAUCGGUAUCGAGAACAUCGACGACUUGGUCCAGGACUUGACCCGCGCCUUGUUGAAGAGCGGCGCGGUCAGGCUCAAUGCCAACGACGAGUUGUUCAACGCCGCGGCUGCGCAGCCCAAGUUGUAG